GCCGAGAUAGAUAAGAGGUCGUUUCCAUUCGAAGACAAGAUCAUCCAAGACUAGCCAAAAUUCGAGCGCUUCAUAUGUCAUGGCAGACGACGCUCGAGAUGGGAAGUCCGCCUCCAACUCAUUGUCCAGCGUGUUUGCGGAAAUAUCCCAGCUGCGUACGCGCGAAGCCACAGACAUCACACCGUCCGGCUUUGUUGUUGUUACGAGUGCCAGCUUUUGGAUGGACAUCUUCAUCCGGCACUUUUUGUGUGCCGAAGGCUCGGACCAGCACGACGAUCUCGUGUUCUUUGUGAAGAAGACGGCAUGCAAGGCGUCUCGACGCUACGUUCCACGCCUGGAGACAACCGUGCAGGUGUUCCGUCGCAAUUCCAAGAAGCUUCCCAUAGCGGACUUGGAUCUGCAUUGGGAAGAGACGGUCUACCUGAACCUCAUAGUGCAGCAGCUCGAGUACACGCUCACGGCGGCUGCAUGUCUACGCACGGGGAACCAGCAUCUGCAGGUGCUGCGGCGACGCUCACAGCGCGUGUAUGCGUCGCCCACACGGCACAGCAUGGAGGACAAAGGGGACACUGAAGAAGUGGCUUACCCAGACAUCUUCUUUGCUGUCGACAACUACGAGGAGGCCUUCCAGGGUCUGAACCUGCGGCCAGGCGAGUUGCUGUGCGUGGAGCUCUGUGCCCGUUGCCGUGACAGCCCCCAGUCCGCGUUGCUGUUUCUGGGGUGCGUGGCACAUGAGCCAUUGGCCCGGACCCUGGCCCGUGCCGAUGCUUCAUCGUCUACGACACCGCGGGGACGAUGUCACUUCGUAUCCCUGAGGGGACCCCAGGGCAGGGGCCAGGCACAGGUGGCACUCAGGAGGGCGACGGCCGUACCCUCACAGGAGUGGCCCUGCAGUCCAUGGCGCCGAAGUUCAGAGCCCGGCCUGGUGCCGCCGCCAAACCCGGGACCACUGCAUCGGUGUCGAUCGGAACGGCAGGGCAUCGACCAGUGUGGAACCGGGGAAGAGCUCGAAGCCGACGACCUCAGAGAUGCUCUUUGCGGAGAGGACUGUGUGCCGGUCGGUGGUAACAGGAACGAGGGCCUCUUGGACACCAUGCUGACGUACGUGGCGUUACCAUGGCACCACAUUGUGGCCGAUCUUCUGGACAUCCGACGCGAGCCCCUGCUUACCUUCUAGCCUCUGCUCGUCGGGCAGGCGUUGAAGACUAGUCGACCGUGUUUUCCUAGUCCGACACUGCGACCGCAUCUUCGUCGCAUCCUCCGGAUCAAAUGCAGCCGGCUGGGAGCCAUCAAAGCACGAGGGCACAAAGCGCGGCGAGUCUAGAGAGACGGAAACUACGCAUUCUUCAAUCUCAUGCGCCACGACGUGUUGCAGACAUUGCAUUUUGAGGCCUUUCAGUAGGCACGAAAGCAGGCAUAGUUGAUUGGUUAAAAAUCCACGUCACGCCAAAUUCAGUUGUUUGAAAAUGAUGGUGAGCGCAUUAUGUUUUCUGUGCUGCUCGAAUGGUCUGCUGGCAGCCCAGGAGUUUGCUGUGCUUUUACGGUUGUGAGCACUGGCUGAGAAAACAUUCCUCAAAGACUGCAGUCGAGUCAGUGUUGUUAGCCACCGGAGAUUGUUCAACGAGCCUAUUAGGUGAGAAGUAGGAUCACGAGAUAAGGUACUUGGCAUUGUAGUACAUUAAUGAUACUCGGGUACACAGUGGCAGAAAGCUAAGAAUUUAGGCUCUGUUCCUUGAGAGCUGUGCUCCCGAGGAUUACUGAAAGUUCAGAAAAAUCUUGUGACGCACGUUUCUGCUGUAAAAUUGGCAUUGUCAAUCAUUCUAAUUUAAAUAUUUAUGCUGCUGCAAUCAUGACCAUGUGUUAUUUCUUGUGAGCUUGAUGUUACUCGUUCAACUAGUGCAUGGGAUCAUAAUGAAGUGAAACGAGCUAGCCUCUUUAGUUUCACCUAUGAACAAAUCCUAUGACACAUUCGAGCGAUUGUUUCUUAGCAGUGCUGCGAAGUUUCAGAGUUUAUAAGUAAUCCAUAUCUUCAAAAUAAGCACACUAAUAUAUAGCAGUGUUAAUGAAGUCAGAAUAACGCUACUUGGGUCUGUAACACUACUAUUGUCUGUAAUGUCUGUAAUGCUGUAAUACAGCAAAUCAGAGCACUGUGACAACACUCUCGAAAGACUCGUUGAAUCUGUAUUAUUAGUUUGCUAAACGAGGUGAUCGUACUAUACUGCACGCUGUACACGACAAAAUGAAGCACCACUAGCUUCUGCAAAAGUUCUGGUGCACUCGCACGCCACGGCACAAACUGACGGGUAUCUUUUGCAUGCAUUUAACAGAAUGCAGCUAGCAUGGAGAUGUUUUAGCAGCAGGUGCGUCAAGCUUUGAAUUUAUGGGAAAAUUAUUUGCUGCAGUUAGUGCGUGCACCACAACUGCAGCGAUGAACCCCUUCAUCUUGAAAAAUGACUAAUAUAUUUGCAUUAUGAUUACAUAUGUAUUAUUUUCGACAUGGUGCAUGUCCUUUUUCUCUCUUUAAUUUUUGGUCUCUGCGGUAUAUAGAUUGAUAGUCUUGCCAUGACUUGCCAUGAUGAUCUGCCAUGAUCUUGCCAUGGCUUGCCAUGAUGUCACAACAACACGCACCUCACUGUGGUGUUACUGAAAGUAAAAAAAGAUUUGUUUGGUUUUCAUGCUGCAAGCCAUGCACAAAUAAUAAUGCAGCUGCAUGGAAGCACAGCACUGGUUGGGCAGCACUACAGAAAUCCUGGGCAGCGAAAGUAUGUUGUCCCUGACAUGAUUCCGUCCGUUUACAAAAUGCUCACUGCAUAACUUAUAAGCAAUGCUACUGUAAUGCAAAC